AUGCCGAAGUUCACAAAAUUUUUAAAGGGAAUUUUAUCUAACAGAAGACAGAAGGGCGACUUUGAGACUGUAGCAUUGACAGAGAACUGCAGCGCUCUACUUACGACAAAUAUUCCACCAAAACUUCAAGAUCCAGGAAGUUUUUCAAUACCUUGCAAAAUUGAUUCUGAACUCAUACAGAAAGCUUUCUGCGAUUUGGGAGCCAGCAUUAGCCUACUUCCGUAUUCGUUGUGUAAGAAGCUAGGACUCCAGAACAUAAAACUAACCACUAUGGCAUUGCAAUUAGCUGACCAUUCAUGCAGAUAUCCAAUGGAAAUAGUGGAAGACAUGCUAGUAGAAGUAGACGGAUGCAUCGUUCCCACAGAUUUCAUUGUCUUGGAUAUGGAGGAGGAUCCAAAGAUACCCAUCAUCCUUGGGAAACCAUUUCUUGCCACUGCUGGAGCUCUCAUUGAUGGAAACUCUAGCAAGACAAACAUACACAGAGCUGAGGAAUACAGUUUCCAGGAGAGGUCCUCUCCAGCAAGCAAUAAGAAGUACAUUUGUCCUGCACGAGCAAAACUUAAGGAUGUGUAUAGACUCCACGAGCUGGCCGUGAGCAUUUCAUGGGCGUGGAGGCAUCGGAGGAGCCCAAAUGACGAAAGGCGAGUCACCAUGAGCUUAAAGGACUCGGCCGUGUGA